AUGGCGGAGGACUGGCAUCGGGCCCAGUUUAUUGGAAACUUAACCAAGAAAACUGGAUCUAUUCAGCUUUUGGACGUAUCGCUGCAAGAUGAGGGGGUGUAUACCUGUAUCUUCACGGUGUUCCCAAGCGGACCGCACCAGACGGAAAUUAGGCUUAAUGUUCGAGUUCAUCCUGUAGUGACAGUAAUGCCAGCGGCGCCCCUUGUGGUCGGCAGUGGGAGCGGCAUCUUAGUGACCUGCACUGCCGCCAAUGGCCGGCCAGCAGCAGAGGUGUCAUGGCGCAUAGACCAGCUGGAUGGCCCGGUUGAGAUUGUGAAGAACACGACACAGAACCCCAACGGCACCACGACUGUCAGGAGCUACCUGCUGGUGACCCCCACCAGGUCCAUGCAUGGCAGAGAGGUGCAGUGUGUGGUGAACCAUACAGCCCUGCAGCACGAGGACAUUGUGCCGUACAGGAUCUCGCUGCACUAUGCCCCGCAGUCUGUGAAUAUCACCCUAAAGACAUCAUCAUCUGAAGAUCCAACCUUCCAGUGUGAUGUAGAUGCCAAUCCUUCACCUACAAGAUACACCUGGAGCAGAGUGAACGGUGAAGUACUCAGUCCUUCAAUCAGACCUGAGGGAGGCAGACUGGUGUUUUUAAAGAUGGGCUCUGAACUGAACGGCCUGUAUGUAUGUGAGGCAUCAAACCAGUAUGGCCAUAUCACUGGGACCCUCUUUGUGUACACAGGUGUUUCCAGGGGCCACUAUGGAGGUUUUCUUGCAGUGAUUUUUGCCUUAUUUUUUGUGCUCAGUCUCAUGAGCUUCUAUAUAUGGAAGACACAGUUACAGCAAAGGAAUUCAAGAGAGUCCAGUUCUCUCCCAGUACCGCAGGAUGAGGGACAGCAGGAGGAACUGCAGGAUGUGGGACAGCAGGAGGAACAGCAGGAUCAGGAUGAGGGACAGCAAGAGGAACAGCAUGAUGUGGGACAGCAUGAUGUGGGACAGCAUGAUGUGGGACAGCAUGAUGUGGGACAGCAGGAUGUGGGACUGCAGGAUGUGGGACUGCAGGAUGUGGGAUAGGAAGAAUCAUUAUUGCCAGAGGGAGUUCACAGUCAUUCUGAUUGUGGCCAUGUACAUUCUGCCAUCUGGACCCUGCGAUUUAUUUAUUUUGAGCUUAGCUAGGCUUAGUAGCACAUCAGCCUCAGUUAUACAUAUAUUGGUCAUAGAUGAUGCUGGAUUAGUAAUAAGAGUUGGUAAGAUACUUGUGUCGUCUACAGUGAACACCCAUUUAAAACAGUCAUUAAACUCAUUUACUAUAUCAAUUUCAUUUUCAAUUUUCAACUGGCACACCACAGGGAAGCGUUCUCAGCCCAAUACUGUACUCCCUGUUUACACACGACUGUGUGUCCAGACACAGCUCCAACACUAUCAUCAAGUUUGCUGAUGAUACCACCGUUGUGGGCCUGAUCAGCAACAACGACGAGACGGACUACAGAGAGGAGGUGAGACUCUUGGCAGAGUGGUGCCAGGAGAACAACCUCUCUCUCAAUAUCAGCAAAACCAAGGAGAUGGUUUU